AUGAAUUCACAGGGUUCACAGGUCACAGGUCAUAGGGGUGGUGGGGGUGGUGGAAGCGGCUGCAGUGACAGCUACAUCGGCGGCAGCUCAAUCGGUGGAGAUUGCAGCUUUGGGGGCAACUUUGGAGCCAACUUUGCAGGCUUGGGAGCCUUGAAGGGCUCAUUGGAGGUCGUGAGUGGUGACUGCAAGGUGGGUGGUGGAGGUGGAAGCGGAAGCUGUGGAAGCUCUGUGAUCGGCGGUGACUUUGGAGGCUUCGAGGGGUCGAAUGGCUCUGUGAUCGACGGUGGAGCAGAGAUCGGAAGCCAGAAGGAAGCGCAGGUAGCGGCGAGCGUCAUCAUCAGAACCACCACCACAAGAGUCAUUGUCGAAGAUGAAGAAUACUAG